AGAAACAAAAGGAUCGAACAAGGAAUAAUGUCUGUUGAUUUCAACACCGUCGCAACUGAAUUCUGUAACUUCUACUAUCAGCAAUUCGAUUCUGAUAGAACACAAUUGGGUAACUUGUACAGAGAUCAAUCAAUGUUGACUUUCGAAACCUCUCAAUUACAAGGUGCUAAAGAUAUUGUUGAAAAGUUGGUAUCUUUACCAUUCCUGAAAGUGAGCCAUAGAGUUUCUACCUUAGAUGCUCAACCAGCUUCUCCUAAUGGUGAUAUUUUGGUGAUGGUCACCGGGGAGUUGUUGAUUGAUGAAGAACAAAACGCUCAGCGUUACUCUCAAGUAUUUCAUUUGAUCCCAGAUGGAAGCUCAUACUAUGUUUUUAACGAUAUCUUUAGAUUAAACUACUCUUAGACAUAGGGCUACCUCUAGGGGGGUGGGUCUUAUGUUUUUGGGUAAUCUCUAUAUGUGUUUUUGUUAGAUCUCAGCUCAUUCAGUAUUAAUAAUAUAUAAGUUGUUGUG